AUGCCCUCUUUCUUCCGUUUGGCUACCAUUGCCGCCCUUUUCGCCGCCGCACUAGUGUCAGCAGUGCCCAUCAGUGACCCCAACUCGAACCCUUCCGUCCUCCAAAAGCGCGCUGGCGGGGCAACUGUGGUUUACCGCUGCACAAUCCCAGGCACCAUCGCAAUCACCUUUGACGAUGGCCCAUUCAUCUACACCAACGGCCUGUUGGAUAUCUUGAGAUCGAGAAAUGUCAAGGCAACCUUCUUCUUUAACGGCAACACCUAUGGCAGAAUUGAAGACUUUGCCGCGUCGGUCAAGAGGGCGUACGAGGAUGGACAUCAAGUCGCUUCGCAUACUUGGGACCACAAGGAUUUGACGACACUUAGUCCUGGUGAGGCGGUCGAGGAGCUGACGAAGUGUCAACGGAACUAUACUGCCGUCGUGUGGUCCCAGGACACCCAGGACUGGGCUCACCCUGACGACUUCAACGCGAGUUACCAGUUAUACGAGCAAUUGCUCAACAACACCGAUAAUCUCGGACAACCGGGACAUAUUGUCUUGCAGCACGAGGUGAACCAGGUCACAGCUUUGCAGGUUGCCCCGAUGGCGAUUGAUUUGGCGUUGGUGAGAGGGUACAAGGUUGUUACUGUGGGCGAGUGUUUGGGGGAUCCCAAGAGUAACUGGGACCUUCCAAGCAUGCUCCAUGGAAACGUCCAGCUUCAGGAACUCGUACAGGCAAUCCGUUCGGUCGAAAAGCGCAUCCCACCUUCUUCUAUCCCACCAUCACACCCAGACGAGAUUUUUUAUGUCGGACAGGAAGACCGUUGUCUCCCAAGACAACAUCAUAAGCACCACCUCUGUGAGACGGAACCCAAAGUGUUGGACGAUCAAACAUCAGCCGUCAAGGAUAUUCCAACCAGUCUUCAUUCUGACGAUGACAGUAACUCUCAGCAGCGUGGGCCCCAGAGCGUAACAGCCAAUGUGUCCGUGGAACUACAAAUCGUGCGGAUAAUCAUUAGUGCUAGUGAGGGGAACAAGGACGCCCAGGUCGCGCUUGGCGACAUGUACAGGGACGGCAAGGGGGUUGCGCAAGACUACCAGGCGGCCAUGGAUUGGUACUUCAAGGCCGCCAAGCGAGGAUAUGCUGCCGCUCAACUCAACGUCGGAUUUCUCUACAACCAUGGUCAAGGUGUUCCUGGGGACUACAAACAAGCGAUGGACUGGUUCCUCCAGGCCGCCCAGCAAGGACAUAUGAGAUCUCAAUUCAACAUCUGCAUCUACUACGAAAUUGGCCAAGGAGUUUCCCAAGACUACGCACAAGCGAUGGAUUGGUUCCUGAAGGCCGCCGAGCAAGAGCACGACGUUGCUCUGUUCAACAUCGGCCUACUUUAUAGCAAAGGUCAAGGUGUACCCCGGGAUUAUACAAAAGCCCUGGAGUGGUACUCAAAGGCUGCCAACCAAGGACAAAUUAGCGCCAAGAGGGAAUUGGCGGCCUUGGUGGAAAAGGUGAAAAAGGGUGUUGCUGUAAACUAA